CAUUUCUCUCUAUAUAUAAACUUAAUAGACUUUCUUGGCACUGUAUAUUCCGGCGACUAAGCCUCCUUCUCGCCGGUGAAAUCUCCCGUCAAAUGGACGAGUCUUGGAGAAUGAGGAUGGGGAUGCCGGAACUCCCUCGCCGGCGAUCGACUGAGGGGCCCUCGAUGCAGUCCCUCCCCAAAGGCGCUGGACCACUGAACCCCGGCGACUUCUCCGACGUCUUUGGCGGUCCGCCGCGGAGUGUCCUCUCGCGGCAAUUCUCCAGCGAACUAGAACAGAAGCAGUACGAUUUCUUCUACGAAGAGAUGUUCCGACCGCCGGAAUUCUUUUCUUCGGCAAAGAAUGCUGGUCGGAGCUUGCCGGUUUUCAGGAUUCCGGAAAGCGGCGAGGGAUUUUACAACGACAUAUUUGGAUCGGAUCAUGAGCGGCGAUCGAGAGACCGGUCAGGGCACAACUCGAAGGGGAAAUCAAAGUCCAACUCAUCGUCGGUGUUGAGCUCCGAGGAGGCGAGCCCUUUCCGGCAUGUGAUCGGAAACGACGUAGUAUUGUCCUCCUUCGCUGCGAAGCUCAGGCCUAUCAAUAUCCCAACAAGAUGGAACUCGUCAAAGAUGAAGCCAGAGGAGCAUCAGAAGAAACAAGGGAUUCCCUUCUUUCCGUUCAACCGUUCUGCCGCCGUGGAAAAUCAGUACGUUGAUAAUGAGUUCAAGGAACCUUUCAGGAGCUCCUAUUCAGGGUUUGCUCGGCCGGUGACAUCUCCAGAAACUAUUAGUCUUGAACCAACUUCAUACAGGAGCAUGAAAGUAUCUGUGGAUGAUUUAGAACCCAAUUCUCCAUCAUCUGCUGUCUCUUCACUGUGUGAGGUGUCAGGGGCGAAACCUGAUAUUCAAAUAAAUGUGUUGGCAGAAGAAGAUGAGGAUGAAGUAAUGAGCUCUUAUGUUAUUGAGAUCGGUUCCGAUAACCGGGAGGGGACAAACGAAGCAGUUGCACUUGAUGAAGUGAUUGCUUGGGCAAAAGAAAAGUUUAAUACGCAGACUUCUGAGACAGAUUUGAGUACAAGGCAGAAUGAUAGUGAACAAUUUGUUGAAACUGAAGGACGGUCUGGUUCAUGUGAAAUUAAUGGUGGACAGUUAGGAACGCAUGACAUAACUCAAUCCGCAGAGGUACAAGAAAAAAUUUGGUCAGCUGAAAAGGAAAAGGCAGAGUCUGAAAAAGAUUUUCAGAUGGAAAUGGAGGAUAUAGAUGAAGAUAUAAAGUUGUGGUCUUCCGGCAAGGAAACCAACAUCCGGUUGUUGCUUUCAACACUCCAUCACAUUCUAUGGCCGAGGAGUGGCUGGCAUGUAACACCACUUACAACCAUUAUGGAGGGUUCACAGGUGAAGAAAGCUUAUCAGAAGGCAAGAUUAUGUCUCCACCCAGACAAGCUGCAGCAGAGAGGAGCUACAGACAUGCAAAAAUAUGUGGCUGAAAAGGCUUUCACUAUCCUCCAGGAGGCAUGGACCGCAUUCAUUUCCCAGGAUGCAUUCUUUUGAUAAAUGGACAACUUGGAACCCUUCAAAAUUCAGGUAACUACAAGUGCAAACAACUGGGAGCAGAUGGGGAUACUCAAUAGCCGAAGGUCUAUGUUUGGCACAACAGGUUGAAGUGUGGCAAUACAAGAAGUUCAUAGAUCUGAUCUGCUUGCAAGAUUCCUACAUGGUCUUUUGGAUGAUUAAGGCGUAGUAUGGUAAGCGAAUGAGAUGAGAAUAUCAGGAACAGUUACCCCUUGGUGUACUAUGUGUAUCUGUAUGUACGUAAAUUUUGAAGGUGAAAUAUAUUUGAUUUGUUCUUUAUUUUGUUGUGUCUGUAAUUUGAGGGAAAUUAAGGAAUGUUUCAGGGCACGAAACAGAGCCAUUUUAGCAACUUAUUUUAUCCUUAUAGAAGAGGCAAGGAGUCCGAUCUUGGUUCUCUCUGA